AUGCCGUACGAUGAGGAGCUCGUGCGCCUCAAUAAUGGAGAUCCGAAGAAUAACGAAAAGAAGAAAAAAGAAAAUAUGAAUGGAUGGAGAGGUCCAUCAACAUCGACCUCUCCACCACCAAAAUUGAGAAAAGCUCGUUUGGUGGCCAAAGAUGGGGAAACCCUUUUAAGCCUCAUUCAAUUACCACGACGAUUUCAAAUUUGUUACAGAAAUUGGUUUCAUUUGAUCAUCGAACAGGAAUGGAGGACAAUUCUCUUAAUUUUUACAUCCGGUUUUUUCUGCUCCUGGGCUUUUUUCGGCGUUCUAUACUAUGCGAUUUCAGUUAGAACAAUGCCUAGAGAUGAUUCCGAAAUCGCUUAUAUAACACAAACUGGGUCGGUUGAUGCUUCAAAUGUUACGAAACCGAAAAUAUGUAUCGAAAAAGUUUAUACAUUGGUAGAUGCUCUAUUGUUCAGUAUGGAAAGUCAACAUACUAUUGGAUACGGGUACAGAUAUAUGACAAAUGAGUGUCCACCCGCUUACACUAUAUUAAUGGUGCAAUUGGUUGUCGGGUGUUUUCUUCAAACAAUGCUUGCUGGAAUUGUUGUGGCAAAAGUGUUAAGACCAAAGAAAAGAAAACAGGAAAUUCGUUUCUCAAAGAGAGCCGUUGUUGGCCCAGUCGAUGAACAUGAUCACCGACCAGCCUUGAUGAUUCGUUUGGCUGACAUUCAACAAAAUCUUUAUCUUGCUGAAAGUCAUGUCAGAAUGUAUAUGGCAUCAUCAAGAAUUAAUAAACAUGGAGAUCGAGAACUUGUUGGAGUGAAAGAUAUGAAUGUUGGAUAUGAUUCUGGAUGGGAUCGAGUACUUCUUUUAUGGCCAAUAAUCAUUCGACACAUUAUCGAUGAAGAAAGCCCUCUUUUUGGAUUAACAAAGGAAAGUCUUCAGGUUUCCAAUUUCGAGUUAAUAAUGACAGUGGAAGGGAUUGUUGAAGCAACGGGAAUGACAUUUCAAGCAAGGACAUCAUUUCAACCGGAGGAAAUAUUAUGGGGGCACAGAUUCACUCCGAUGAUCCUUAUGAAUGAGAAAAAUCAAAAAUGGGAAGUUCACUACGGACUUUUUGAUCAGGUGGAACGAUGUGGUGAGAUCGAUACGCCAUGUAGAUUAGCUGAAACAGAGGAUUCUCAUGAUGAAGAAGAUGAACAUCACAUGGUCAACAAAUCUGGAUUUAUG